AUGUAUAUCUAUCUAUCUAUCUAUCUAUCUAUCUAUCUAUCUAUCUCAAGAACAUUCUUUUACCUUCUUUCGUUAUUUUUCUUCACUUUCUUUCUGUCUAUCUCUAUUCACAGCCUCUCUCUUUCACCUUUCUCACCAUAUUUCUCUCUCUAUCUGUUUGCCUCUCUCUUUCAUUUCUCUCAGCCUCUCUUUCUAACGUGCCUAAUUUUAUUGGUCUUAUUUUUAUGGGUCUCGUGCAUUUUUACCCUUACGUUCACCUUUUCUUUCUUUAUAUCAUUUAAUCUAUCUAUCUAUCUAUCUAUCUAUCUAUCAAUCUAUCUAUCUAUCUAUCUAUCUAUCUAUCUAUCUCAGUCUGUUCUUAUCUAUCUCAGCCUAUUAAUAUCUAUCUAUCUAUCUAUCUAUCUCAGUCCUCAUAUCUAUCUCAUUCUGUUCCUAUCUAUCUAUCUAUUAUUCUGUUCAUGUCUAUCUCAUUCUGUUCAUAUCUCUCUUAUUCUGUUCCUAUCUAUCUAUAUAUCUGUCUAUCUAUCAUUCUGUUCAUAUCUAUCUCAUUCUUUUCCAAUCAGCCUAUCUAUAAAUAUAUUGCAUUGUAUUUCUAUCUAUCUAUCUAUCUAUCUAGUGUGUAGUUGUUCCGUAGAUCUCAGUACUUUUUCCAUGCCUUCGUCUUUUCUCUUUGUCCUUCUUUUGUUUUUCUUUAUUUUCUCUACAUUCUUAUUGUUUCUUUCUUCAUUGUUUCUUUUUUAUCGACUGUCAUCUAGUUUCUUUCUUUUUUUUCAUUCUUUCAUUUUUCUUCUUCUUUUCCUUUCUAAUUACUUAACUUACUUUUCUACACUUUCCAACUCUUUUCUCUUUCUCUUUUCUUUUUAUCUUCCUUUCUUUUGCUUCGCCGUUACCUUUUUUCUUUUCCUUCUUUCUUUAUUUUACUUUUUCUUUUUCUUUCUCCCUUCUUUAAUUAUCCUUCUUUUUCUUAUUAUUUUUCCCAAUCCCCUUUCUUUUCUUCUUUGGGUUUUUUUCUCACUUAUUCAUUUUCUUCUUCUUCUUUUCUUUUUCCUUCUACCCCCGAAAAUAUCCAGUCAUUCUCUUUACUUUGCUUUUUAUUUCUUUCAUCUUCUUCUCCUUCUUUUCCUACGUUUUCACUUUGCCCUUUUUCUUUUCUUCACAUUCACUUUUUUAAUUUUUCUUGUUUUUCUUUCUUUUUCUUCUUCUUUUUCCCUUUCAUCCCUUUUUUCUUUCUUUUUUAUUUAUAGUCUUAUUCUAUCUUUUUCAUUUCCAUCUCACAUUCUUUCUUUCUAA